UGGUGUUACCAUCCUCACACUUUGCCACCUCUUGCUCAAUCUUCUGUUUAUCUUAUCUUGUUUUGUUUCAAGUUUUUCUCUUUUGUUUUUAGGUUAUUCGAUAAUGGGUGAGGCUGUUGAGAUCUUUUAUCCAAAUGGUUUCUCUAAAAUCUGUAAUGGAACAACAAAGAACCAACCACCUGUUGAUGAGACUCGCCAGUUUGAUUCUUGGUAUGAAGAGGAAAUUGAUGAGGAUCUCAAAUGGUCCUUCGCUUUGAAAAGUGUACUGUAUAAAGGUUCUAGUGAGUAUCAAGAUAUAGCCCUUUUGGACACUAAACGUUUUGGCAAGGUAUUGGUGAUUGAUGGGAAAAUGCAAAGUGCCGAAGUUGAUGAAUUUAUUUACCAUGAAUGCUUAAUUCAUCCAGCUCUUUUGUUCCACUCGAACCCCAAAACUGUGUUUAUAAUGGGGGGAGGGGAAGGGUCUGCAGCAAGGGAAGCACUCAGGCAUAAAUUUAUUGAUGAAGUUGUAAUGUGUGAUAUUGAUGAGGAAGUGGUCAAUUUCUGCCGCAGAUACCUGACUGUGAACCGUGAUGCAUUUUGCAACAAAAAGCUUAACCUUGUUAUCAAUGAUGCCAAGGCUGAACUGGAGAAGAGGACUGAGAAAUUUGAUAUCAUAGUUGGAGAUUUAGCAGAUCCUGUUGAAGGAGGGCCUUGCUAUCAACUUUAUACAAAAUCAUUUUAUGAGAAAAUUCUUAAGCCCAAACUCAAUGAAAAUGGCAUUUUUGUCACUCAGGCUGGCCCAGCUGGAAUAUUCACUCACAAGGAGGUCUUUUCCUCUAUAUACCACACAAUCAGGCAGGUUUUCAAGUAUGUGUUGGCAUACACAGCUCAUGUGCCAUCCUUUGCUGAUACAUGGGGAUGGGUUAUGGCCUCGGAUCAACCAUUCUCCAUUGGUGCUGAAGAAAUUGACAAGAGGAUUGCUGAAAGAGUAGAUGGUGAAUUACUCUACUUGAAUGGCUCUUCAUUCCUUUCCUCUGCAACCAUGAACAAGACUGUUUAUCUAUCGCUGUUGAACGAAACCCAUGUCUACACUGAGGAAAAUGCGAGAUUUAUACCAGGACAUGGAUUGGGUAACCACCUUUGAGGUUUGCAGGCCUUAAUCUUGGGGAGAAGUUUGUUGUAAAUAAAAGAAAAAAAGGGAAAGGUUGCAAUUAAAAGAUAGCAUCAAAAAGACUUUUGCUUCAAACGAAAUCAGUCAUCAAUUGUUGAAAGAAGUUGGUUUUUAAUUUUUAAGACAAUUUAUGUGUUGGCUUUUGGGUUGUUUCACAGAUUUGGAUUACAAUCGCAUGAGAGCUUUUUAUCUAUAUAAUUUAAACAAGUUCCUCUA